UGCAGAUAUGCAACAAGCUUUUAAAUUUCGAGUCGUCAUCCAUCACGAAAUAAAGAAGAUAACUUUUCAAAAUGGCCUCCCCUCAUCUGUGGAGGAUUUGAUUAAAGUGUUUAAACAAGCUUUUUCCAUCACCACAGAAAUAGGUCUUCAGUACAAAGAUACUGACUUUGAUGACUUCUUCACUCUAACCUCUACAAGUGACCUCAAGGAUAAAGACACACUCAAGGUAGUGCACAUUCCACCAGGCCUCUUAAAGUCCACAGUUCCUCAGGAGCACAACCAUGACACAUCUGACAUGUCCCCUGUCGAUGAUCUGCCCUCUGUGGAUUCACAAGAUCCAGUAAUUCACAGCCCCCUUGCCUCUGACAGGCGUAACCUGUGGCCUGCCGUCUUUCCAAUUCCCGUUUUCUCCUACAACACAGAGAUGGCUUUGCAGCAGGGCAAUGAAUUUUUUUUAAAAGACGGAACCCUGCUGACGUCACAAAGUGGUAAAUCGGACAUUCUGGAGCGCCUGGCUGAGGCCAUGUUUUCCUACACAGCUUAUCCCAAUGAUCCACAGAGGACCGCCGUUGCACAUGCACUUAUAGAGAGGCACCCCUGCUUGAGGGAGCCCGGCUCCUAUAACGGAUGUGACGGGUGGCAGCAAAGCCUAAAGUACAAAUGUGCAAACUACCGGAGCAAACUUAAAGCCCAUGGAAAUCCUGAACUGAUGAUUAAUACACUGAAACACAAGCAAGAGGGUGACAGAAAACCUGCCAAAAAUAUAAAGAAACCAAGGAAAUCUGAGGUAAACUACUACCCCCCACACCCAGCCGGUGAAACUGAUGACAGCCUGGAGAAUACAAGACUUGAGCUCAUUUCAGCAAGCAAGUCCAGGGACAAUAGCCAGAUGAUGAAUGACAUGAUGUCGAGAACAUACAGCUGUAGAAGAAGGGAAGUGGUCGGCCAGUCCAUGCAAGUGGCACAAUUCUAUGAGAGAUGGCCUGCCCUCUUCAAUCCUGUACAGAUAAAUGAAGAGUUCCGAAGGUGCAACACUAUUCCCCUGGAGUCAACGUUUAUGUCUCAGCUGGACAGGUUCACUUCAAAGUUCCUGCAGUUAUUCAGCUCAAAGGGAGGAGCUGUUGGACAGCGCAUGAAGGGCGUCAUGACUGAACUAAGACAGAAUCAACAUGUGUCCGUGGUGAAGAAGAGGGACGUGAUUCUGAGAUGCCUCAUAGAGUACCUGGGGGAGAGUGUGCCUGAGCUCAUCUCUGACUACUAC